UUUAUCUUUCUGGUCAACCUUUUAAACCUGAUUAUGUUAGGGCCACACGGAAUCACAUCUCGCCCUCGCGAAGCCAGCGCUUCGCCGUCGGUCUCUCUCGAGAAAGGAAGAUAUCGGAUGCGCGUACCUUCACAACGUCUACUCCCCAUUAGACCUGCGACCCUUCGGAAUAGCGACCCUCGCUCUCGUCCCCAGAGCUCGACCCGAAACAAUGCCUUCUUCACAGCUCUCUUACUACUACUGGCAACAGGCUGCGUGGUUAGCUUUGGGAUCGCAUACUAUCUAUUUAGCACCAGGUGGGGAACUCCAGAUCUCCCUUCUAGUUCGAGUUCCACUGAUGAACCACCUCAACCUCAAGCCAUCGAAAUUGAAGCACCUCAAACCGCGUGUCCAAGUGUAAUUCCUGGCGAAAAGUUCCUUGUUUAUCACACUCAUAGCGGUUUUCAUAACCAACGCAUUGCUUUGGAGAACGCCAUUACCCUCUCUCAUUUGUUGAAUCGUACUUUAAUCAUGUCCCCUAUUCGUCUCGGCAAACCAAUACGUUAUUGCAACUUCCGUUCCCUAUACAAUCAUCUUCAACUCUCAGACAAAGUUGGCCUUGAACACUGUGCACGACUAUCCUCGGAUUCCUCCCUUCCUCCUGAAUGCUUUGUCUACUUCGACUACACGCAUAUUCCAUGGAGUUGGCUCGUGGAUUUUGCUAGCAUACAAUCACGCCAUAAAGUCCUAAUUCGAGGAAAUCACACUGAUCGAUGGGUUUACGGAUGUCUUGGGAUAGCAGAAUCGGAUGUCUUGACGCUUGAAGAGUCGAGCCGCUACCAAUACCGUUUCACCGACUCCCCAAACGCAGCUACAGGUCCUUCCGACAAAUUCUCUGAAACCGUCUCCAUACCCAAACUACGAGCUACCCAGGAGUCGCUUCUGCAUCUCGGGACGCUAUUUGGCACUUCUCGGCUUCUUCUCGAAGAUGAGGAAAGCGCUCGAAUCCGACGCAGAAUCAGGGAGGGUAUGACAUUCACGAAUCCCCUGCUCAUUGAGAUAUCGAGAUCUAUUGAAGAACUUCUAGGCAGUCACUUCAUUGGCGUGCACGUACGACUUGGCGAUGGAGGGUUCUUGGAGAGUGGAGAAGGCAAUACGCGUUCCAUCUGGUGGACACUGGUGCAUGAGGUACUCAAACUCACUGUGAAUGAUGCCAUUGCUCUCGAAGCUUCAAAGCCUCUCUACUCUUCACCACCCGUUCUUGCCCCCUACACAGUCAAUACAAAUCCUGCUUCACGCUUUAGUGCCCCUCGACUUCAAUGUUAUGAUCGACUACAUACUGUUUCGCAACUCAAUCCUUUGAACACACCGCUUUACUUGGCGACCGACGCCAGACACCCUCGAGAUGACCCUUCGCUCAUGAUCUUCUUCAAGACUUUCCCCUGCACUUUUACCCUUGCGGACAUGGUUGACCAGCUUGCCCCCUUGAAUGACCUCGUAAACGGUGCUGACGGCCUGAAGUUAAAGCCAUUUCUGUUACCAUUUGUUGAUGCGAUGGUGCUAAGCAGAGCGUGGAAUGUGGUAGGGACAACGUCUAGUACAUUCAGCGCAUUCGUUGUGGACGUGCUGUGGCCGAGAUUUCACGGUUUUGAUGUCAGGGAGAGAGGCUAAGGAUGUUGGGGCUUCUUUUAUAACCACACUUUUCUUGUCAUGUACAAAGUAUUCAUGGUUCUCGAAUCCGAUACACUACUGGUCCCUCGGGGACCUGAAGGAAUGUGGUUGCC